AUGGCUUCGGCGGCUCAGUCUCCCAUAGCGGAGCAGAUCCGGCAGCUCAAUGACGCUCGCAAGCAUGUGCUCCUCGACGUCAAGCUCUAUUCGUCCAUCGUGCAGGGGAUCCUACCCAUAAUAGGUUCCAAGUCGGCGCCAGAACUUAGGAGAUGGGGUGCCGACUUUCUUGCCGAGUCGUUUGCGACGCCAUCGCUGCCGUCCCGUGACAAGGAGACAAUGAGUCUCAUGGUCUUGGAGACGCUGAGAGCCUGGGCUGAGAACCCAAGCGAGGACCCUUAUGUCGUGAGGAGCGCCAUUCAGACCGCAGCUAGUAUCUAUCCUCUAGUAGUUAGAUGGAUCAUCAACAACUCCUACGACACCACAACAUGGGAGCGAAUAACUGCCAUCAAGUCGAGGAUAUUCCAACUGUGGAAUGGAGAGACUCCAAGCAUCAAGAUCUGCUGUGUCAAAUUUGCUCAGCGCGUUGUGCUUGCCCAGACCGUUUCCAUUAAUGGCGAGUUCAAACGUGAUGGUCUUGACAUUUCUCUGUCAAACAUCCCACAGAGCCACCCGGUCCUUGACCCCAGGAAUCUGGAAGCGGAGGCUAUUGGUCUGCUGGACAGAAUGCUUGGAGUCUUACAAGAUAACAGCAGCGAUGCACUUGUUGUCGAUGCUACCCUGAACUGUCUCGCGAUCCUGAUCCGUACGAGACCAGCAACCUCGAACCGGAUCUUGAAUGCGGUUUUGAACUUCAAUCCCCUGAAGUUAGCGAACUCGCCCAUGACACCCAAAACCCGUGUUCUUGUCAAGUCAAUGGAAAAGACAACGAGGAUGUUGCUCAUGCAUCUCAUACGACGUGAUCCGCAAAACCCAAUGAACCCCCGCAUCCAGCAACACGUCGAACGACUUGCCCGCUCACGUGCCGAUAUCUUUGACGACAAUGCUGGGCGAAAACGAGCCUUGGCUGAACAGCAGGCCGCUGCCUUGGGAGAUGCUAAGCGACAGAGGCUUGCCUCAGGCGCUGUCGUUGUUCCUCUGCAGGAGGUUCCGCCAUUGCCACCGGGUCCAACAACUUUGGCCGCUAUUUUCACAUUGACAAACACGCCUGGCCUUCAGUCCUUCGAUGUCUCUGUGGUUCCUGCCGACUUGACUGCGAAGAUUUGUGUCUCAACACUGGCUAGGAUAGACCAACAGUUGCUAGAUCGCGGUGUCAAUGGUGUACGGGAUCGGUUGAAAGCCCUUGAAGCGGCUGCAGCGCAACCUGCAGUUAUCAAUCCCGCUACAGCUCCACUGGGAGUUGACGAUGACGAUGACGAUGACUACGAGCCUGACUACUAUGCCGCAGAGGAUGCAGAGCAAAUACUCAACAAACAGGACGGUCCUUCCCGCCAAGAAGAGGCCGAGAAGAUGGAGGCUGCAUCCUUGGCCCUCGGGGCAUACAAGCUGCCUGCUCCGCCAGUCUUGCGACCAGAAGAAGCCUCGAACGCUGGUCGGGGAAUUGUCACAAAUGUCUUGGGCAUGACGAAGCAGCUUGAGGAGUCGGGUUCCAAGAGAACCAAGGCAGGAAUUAACAGACUAGCAGCCAGCUUCUACGAUCGUGAAUCUUGGAUCACAGUGAUUACUCGAUUGGCCACCCGCUCUUCGUCUGCACUCGAGAAGACCACAAUCAAGGAAGAGGACGGUACAACUCAGGUUCUCGGUGACAAAGUGCGCGAGGCCCUUUACAACUACGUGCUAGAGGACUUCCGAAAACGGAUUGAUGUGGCCAUCUCAUGGUUGUCCGAAGAAUGGUACAACGAUCAGCUGCAGAAGAGGAUGGCAAGUGAUGCGCCUCUGCAUUACGACAAGGUCGCAUUGCGACUCGUGGAUGGCAUUACCCCAUAUCUGCACGCACAAGACAAGGUGCUGACACGGUUCCUGGGCGAGAUACCCGAGGUGAACCCGGCGAUUCUCAAGCGCGUCGAGGGUAUGUGCAGAGACCCAUCGCUGGCAAGUCUGGCCCUGACGAGUCUGGUGUAUUUGGUCAUGAUGAGACCGCCGGCCAAGGAGAUGGCACUAGAUGCGAUGCAGGGUAUCUGGACGGAGUACGAGGAAGCUCGGCCACUAGCAACCAAAUUCCUAACACGCUGGAGAAAGGCGUUCUUGGAGGCCAACGCCGUAGCUGGACAAGCUGGUCAGCCAGUGGCCCCACCAGCGGUGCUUGCCAGUUAG